CAAAGGGGCCCGAGCCGCCGGCUCCCCCGUGUCCGCCGCCGCUGCUGUCCCCCGCGCCCGCCACUUCCGGGGCCGCAGUCCCGGGCAUGGAGCCUCUAGCGUGAGGCCCCUUUGGCCCCGGGACGCCCUGCCCAGCCCGGCCGCCACUCCGCGCCGGCCCGGAGCCCGGUCUGUGUCCCACAGCUGCAGCCGGAAUGGAGGCUUUCUGGACCCUCUAGAAGGCUCCCCCACUGUCUUGAGGUCAGCCGAGUGGUUAAUGCGGAAGGUUAAGAAGCUCCGCCUGGACCACGAGAACACAGAAGGUUGGAGAAGUUUCUCGCUGAAUUCUGAGGGGACAGAGAGGAUGGCCACCGGGGUGCCAGUGUCCGACCGGGGCGAUGCGGUCGAGAUGGAGGACCCGGCAUCCCGCUUCCAGGUGCAGAAGCACUCGUGGGAUGGGCUCCGGAACAUCAUCCAUGGCAGCCGCAAGAACUCGGGCCUGAUCGUCAAUAAGGCUCCGCACGACUUCCAGUUCGUGCAGAAGGCGGAUGAGUCGAGCCCCCACUCCCACCGUCUCUACUACCUAGGGAUGCCUUAUGGCAGCCGCGAGAACUCCCUCCUCUACUCGGAGAUUCCCAGGAAGGUUCGGAAAGAGGCCCUGCUGCUCCUGUCCUGGAAGCAGAUGCUGGAUCAUUUCCAGGCCACACCCCACCACGGGGUCUACUCUCGGGAGGAGGAGCUCCUUCGGGAGCGGAAGCGCUUGGGGGUCUUUGGCAUCACCUCCUACGACUUCCACAGCGAGAGCGGCCUCUUCCUCUUCCAGGCCAGCAACAGCCUCUUCCACUGUCGGGACGGGGGCAAGAACGGCUUCAUGGUGUCCCCCAUGAAGCCCCUGGAAAUCAAGACCCAGUGCACUGGGCCCCGGAUGGACCCCAAGAUCUGCCCUGCCGACCCCACCUUCUUCUCCUUCAUCAACAGCAAUGACCUGUGGGUGGCCAACAUUGAGACAGGCGAGGAGCGGCGGCUGACCUUCUGCCACAGAGGCUCACCCAGCGUCCUCGAUGACCCCAGGUCUGCAGGCGUGGCCACCUUCGUCAUCCAGGAAGAAUUUGACCGCUUCACUGGCUACUGGUGGUGCCCUGCGGCCUCCUGGGAGGGUUCAGAAGGCUGCAAGACGCUCCGGAUCCUGUAUGAGGAAGUCGAUGAGUCUGAGGUGGAGAUCAUCCACGUGCCCUCUCCUGCGCUAGAAGAAAGGAAGACAGACUCCUACCGGUACCCCAGGACAGGCAGCAAGAAUCCCAAGAUCGCCUUGAAGCUGGCCGAGUUUCAGACUGAUAGUCAGGGCAAGAUCGUGGUGACGCAGGAGAAGGAGCUGGUGCAGCCCUUCAGCGCGCUCUUCCCCAAGGUGGAGUACAUCGCCAGGGCCGGGUGGACCCGGGACGGCAAGUACGCCUGGGCUAUGUUCCUGGAUCGGCCCCAGCAGCGGCUCCAGCUCGUCCUGCUCCCUCCAGCCCUGUUCAUCCCCACCACCGAGAAUGAGGAGGAGCGGAUGGCCUUCGCCAGAGCAGUGCCUGGGAACGUCCAGCCGCACGUCGUGUAUGAGGAGGUCACCGAUGUGUGGAUCAACGUUCAUGACAUCUUCUAUCCCUUCCCCCAGUCAGAGGGAGAGGAUGAGCUCUGCUUCAUCCGUGCCAACGAGUGCAAGACUGGCUUCUGCCACUUGUACAAAGUCACCGCCAUCUUAAAGCCCAGUGGCUACGACUGGAGUGAGCCUCUCAGCCCUGGGGAAGAUGAAUUUAAAUGCCCCAUCAAGGAGGAGAUCGCGCUGACUAGCGGUGAAUGGGAGGUUUUGGCAAGGCACGGCUCCAAGGGUCCGGUUCUACAAAGUUCCAAAUUUUAUGGAGAGAGCUCUUAAUCAGACUUCCUGGAUCCCUACCUCAAACCAGCAUAAAUGUCUCCUGGACCAAAAACAGACAUUAGAGAUGUUAGCACGUGUGCGUGCAUCACAGAGCUGUUCAUGCAGUGGGAAAUAGUGGUCAAAACACACUUGAGUGAGCCCACGAGGAGUGACCUUGGUAGGUCCAGUUGGCACAGAUACGAAUGUUGAUAGCGUAACCAGCCUGACGGAAUGCCUUGUCACUGACUUGGAAAGAUGUUCCUGUGAGUUGUUGGAACAGAAGCAAGGUGUAAGAUUUUACAUUCACCUCCUGUUUGUGAGGCCAGUCAGAGGGUCGGGUACUAAAAGGUUAAAGUUUGCCUCUUCGUUUGCUCUGCUGUGGUUGAUUCUUGCUAAGAGGUGCCCCUGGGCUCCCAGCCUAGCCCUGCCCCUCAAUAGCUGGGUGCUCACGCUCCUGUUCCCCAUCUGUAAAACGCGACCGUCAGGGAGCUCUGAUCUGCUCCUCUCUACGGCAGGGUCUCUUCCCCUCAGCACUGCCCAUAUCAGGGCGCCCUGGGCACUGUGGGGCAUCAGCAGCCUCCUCAGCCCCACCCACCCCAGGUGUGACAACCACAGAUGUCCCCAGGGGGGCGAGGGGGCAGGACCGCCCUGAUGAGGACUCUGCUAAGUCACCCGGAGCCCCCAGCAUAGCGUCUGGAGUACCUGCCAGCCAGAAUUCUCCCUUUUCUCCACCGCUGUGGGCCUUGUGGCGCUUGCACGCCUGGGUUUUUACCCAGAUGUUAAAAAGCUACAGCAACAUUUUAUUUCAUUUUAUUUUUAUUUUUAUUCUUAACUGAAAUCUCAUUGACAGCGCAGCAGCACGUUAAAAGUUACGAAGGAAAAGACUGACCUCUCACAUCCCCUCUGGAGGCUGUAUGUGCCUUUUUUGGGGACCCCGGGGGUCCAGGAGCCUGGGGGGGCGGCUCCUUCCGUGUGUGCAUCUUCUCACGUGGUCCUGGUGACAAGACUAGCAAGGGACUGCUUGUGGCUGGGGGUUUUCCAGCGACAUUCUCUGUUUCUAGAAAACCUGCAUUUAUUUUAAAAGAAUGGCAACAAAGGAUACAUCACACUGAACCGUUCUAAGUAACCCCACAUUAGGGAUCCCCUCACUCCUCACCCCACCGGGCUCCUGAAGCCUCAUCCCCUCGGAAGUGGCCGACUGCACGAAAAGCCCAGCAGAGCAUUUCUGUGCGCACAUCGGUAUAGGACUUUGGGGUUUUUGUUUUGUUCUCUAAAGAUUGAUUUAUUUACUUAAGUCAUUUCUGCACCCAGCAUGGGGCUCGAACCCACAACCCCAAGAUCAAGAGUUGCGUGCUCCUCCAGCUGAGCCAGCAGGCACCCCUCCUCGGGACAUUAUUUUAGGGGAUUUGGAGGGGCUGGUUUUGUUUUUUUUUUUUUAAAUAUGGCUUUAUGUGGCCGCAGAGAAGUGUGCCCUCAUUUUGAAACCGAUCUUUUUGGACAUUCAAGCCAUCGCCUUUUUUUAAAUAUUAAGAACACAGCGUGUUUGUCCUACUUGAAGUCAGCCCUCGAGCGAAGCCCUCAGGAGCAGUUCCCUGGAGCUUAAUGCUGCAUCAGAGAACACGCUUUCUUUAAGUGUUUUACCUCCACGUUGCCAUUUUGGCCCCAGACAGUGGCUCUUCUGACCCCCCAGAGCAGGGUUCCUUCCUGUUCUUCCUGAGGUCUCAUCACCUAAACAUCACACGGGUCUGAUGGGGUUCACCCAGGAAGCAGGUGCCGCCUCUUAGCCCUGAGGACCUGGGUCAGAGGGGUGGGCUGACCCCUUGGGGACCAGGGCUGGGGGCUGAUGGGCCCUUGGGCACAGGCCAGCCCCUCCCUCAGCCUCUGUCCCGGGCACUGUGCCCUCUGCUCCGCACUCACAGCUCUGGGCAUGCCCAGAAGGGGCUGUCUGGGGUUGGCGUUCUGAUUUCAAGUCCUACUAGGGGACAUGCGGUGAGCUCAGCUAGAUCAGACCCCCCACCAGGUCUGAGAGGCGCUUCUCUCCCAGCUAGCUCUCCUCCAGCUGGCGGGCUAAAGCCAGCCGGGGAGGGAACAAAUGUCCUGGCCACAGAACUCUGGGCGUUCCCUGUGGGGGUGAGGAGAAGGGCCUAGGUCCCUCUGCUGGACGUCAGCGCCGUCCCCCAGCCACCAUGGGAGCAAAGGCAUGGGAAGUCGAAGGCCCGGCCUGGGGCUGCUUC